AUGAAUAGAAGCAGUAUUAGACAAAAAAGAUCUAUAGGAAAAAAUUCUCCUUUAUCAAAAAGGCCAAAAUUAGAUUUUAGUUUAAAAAAUCAGGAAGUCGCCCAUGACAGCCAUGAAUUUUCAACAACACCCAGUAGCUCCUUUGAUAAAUAUGUCAAACACAAUACACCGAAUAAGUCGCUGGAAAAUAGGUCAAAUGGCAACACUUCCAAUGAGCCCGAUUGGGAUGAUGAGUUUUGUGGGGAAAUCUUUGAGAAAGUCUGUUUGGUUGCAGAUCUUUCUCAGGCCAUGGCAAACUGUCAACCUGCUCCUGAAAAAUUAGAACAAACCAAAGUGAAUUUAUCGAAUAAAAGUAAAAGAUCACCUGCUUCGAAAAGAAUAAAUUUAAAAUCUGAUGAAGAAGAAGAAUUAGAAAAAUUAAAAUUAGAAUUUUUGCAACUUCAAGAAAAAUACAAAACAAAAGAGGGUGAGGUUCACAUUCUCAGGUCACAACUUAAACAAAAUGAAGAAAUAAAACAAGCUGCUGCUGUUAACAGCAUCAAAGCCAUGGAAGAAAUUCAAAAAAAGUACAAUGAAAAAAUUACCUUAACGGAACGUGAAUUAGAAACGUUCAAAACGAAAUUACAAUUUAAGGAUAUGGAAUUUAAAACAUUGAGCGACAGGUUUAGACAGUUGGAAUACACCAUGACCAAAAGUAAAUCCAACGAUAUCAAUGCAUCUCAGUGUGAAACAAUGAAAUCUUGUAAUACAUUUUCACAAAUGUUGAAUCAAAAUAUGGAACUCGCACAAGACAACAAAAUUGAUGAUUAUUAUCCAUCCCUCAAGUCUGAUAUAAAUUUUUUAGAUUUAGAAUAUAAAAUUUUUUCACCGCACGAAGGAAAACAUUUGGAAGAGUGUCUAUGCCCGGAAAUAUUUCAAUUUAUCGAAGAGCCGAGCGUUUCCCAUUUUUACACAUUCAAAAGUGAAAUUAAUUAUUACAGAUCAAAGUUGGAAUUUGGUAAAAGAGAAAAAUAUAAAUCGUUUGAUUUACCCAAACAAAAAACAUUCCUCAAAGAUCUAUACGAUUCUAUAAGCAGUCUUUUUAUUUACGAAAGUUUCAACGAUAAAAAAGCCAAACGAACGAUUCAUGAAAUAUUAAAUCACAUAGAAAAAAUUUUAGAACACGUCAAAGAAGUUGUUUUGUUUUUAAAAAGUGUACACGUUGAAAAUUACGAGUAUUUAGACGAAUACCUAUUAGAAAAUGAAAGAGAAGUUAAAGGUAAAAAGCUCUCUGCGGAAGAAUGCGGAAUCGAAGGAAGGCGUACUUUGGCAUUGGUGUAUGCUUUAAUGAUAACAUCACAAGUUGCCGUUGAUCACGUUAAAAACAAGCCAAAUUUCAUAACAAUUUUAAAAACUUUGGCAGCCACGAUAGGAACAUUGAGGAGGCCUUUGAGUUAUACGGGUGUUCUAGUAGGGAUAUCAUACAUACUACAAAGGCUACUCCUGGAAGACAAUCUUACGGAAUCCACGUUGAAAUCGAUCAACGAAAUCGUUGAAGAAUUGAUAUUUUCACGGCCCAAAUUGGACGUUUUAAUUGAAAUCGUCAACGUUUUAUCGUGUGGAAAAAAUCAUUUGAAUUUCAUGAUGAAUCUGUGUCGGAAAGCCACGUUGGACUCGUGUUCGCUUUACAUGGAUUCAUCUCUCAGACAAGCCAUGUUUUUCACAAAAAACGCAUGCCCCUUGAAACUUUUAUGCAUGCAAAUCAUGGGACUCGCUUGCCUUCCCUCGAGCAAUAAAAUAAUAUGGGAAACGACGAAUUCGAUAAUCAAAUGGUUGAAUAAUUCCAUGAGAAAUCCAAAAUGCAAAAACAUAAAAUGGCUACCUGUCAAUUCGCUCGCGAACGAGGAUAAAUGUUUCGACGUGACCGAAUGUCUCGUCAAUUUGUUAACAUUUUGUUUGAAAUAUUAUUUAUCGAAAUUUUCGUACUAUGAUUUUUCCGAGAACGCAGAGGUUUAUUGUAAAUUAACAUCGAGGGGGGAAUCAUCAUCGCUGGAUGAGGAAAAGGAAAAAUUGAUAAACGUCAUCGGUCACGGAGCCAUUUUAUUUAAAAGAAUAAUAAAAACGAGUCAGAAACAAUUGCACGAUAAUUUACACUCGAUAAGGUUUUUGUCACUGUUGAAAUCUUUAAUGCUUGAAAAAUCCGAGGCGCCGGAAAAACGUUAUUUAAAUGCCACACAAAUACAAGCGAUAAAUUGGCUAACGGAUUUACUAGAGGGUGAUGCCAACAAUCAAAAUUAUUGUCUCAAACAAACCACAUCGACCAUACCUGAAAUUGAAAUAUUGAGUGCCUUGAAAGUAGACGACGAUUCAAAAAUAUACUGA